CGCUGACGCUCUGAUCGCACGCGCCGCCCGAUCCCGAAGGAGAACUUGAAAUCCACUUUCCUCCCCCACCCCUCACCUGCCUCCUCCACCCCGAGGACAUCCCCUCCGAUGGACUUCGGAGAGCUCGGAGGAGAGUCCUCCGAGGGCGACGCGGGCGACCUGGACAGCGUGAAGGCGCUCACGGAGAAGCUGAAGUUGCAGACCCGCAGGCCGUCCUACCUGGAGUGGCAGGAGCGUGUCGAGAACCGGCCGUGGAGGGAGGGGGACCCGGCGGACAGCGCGGGCCCCGGGGGACAAGCCGUCCCCGCGCCGACGAUCCUGAGAGACGGGAACUCUGAGCUGGUGGUGCGCAACAUCUGCGGCUUCGACACCAUCGACGAUGCUUUGGAGUUUCUGAGGAAAGAGCUGAGGGAGAUGCAGGUCCAGGACAACCGCCUGGCCCGCCAGCUGAUCCGCCUGCGCGGGGAGAUCCACCGGCUGAAAGUGGAGCAGGUGUGCGACCGGCACAAGGAGAUGCUGGACGAUGCCUCCUACGAGCUGGAGGAGUGCGACGAGGAGUCGGACCUGCUGUGCGACAUCCCCAUGAAGGCCGCCUUCGCUCUGUCCACGCCGCUCAAGCACCUGGGCCUCACCAAGAUGAACAUCAACUCCAGACGAUUCUCACUGUGUUGAAAAAAAAAAUAAGAGGGACUGACAUUUAUUAGUGGAAAGGAAAAUGACCGCUGGCUGACUUGACGUGCAGGAGGAGGCCUGAGUGUGCAGACCUGUUGGGGCUCACUCCCUUAGUGUAAUGCAGGCACACCCUGCGGCGGCAUUACGCCCCGGCUGGUCUGCUGUUGACUUUUCUUUGCACAGUCACGUUAAUCAGAGUCGAUGGAUAAAGAGCCAGACUGAGAUGCAAAGGUGGAUGCGGAGUUACGGCAUUGUGUCUUUUCAGCAAUGGCUUUGUAUUGCAAAAGAAAAAGUUGAACUUGUGCCAAAGUGAAAAACAGUUAUAGGGCGCCUAGUUUUGCUUUGCAGAAAAAUAAUUUAUAGAAGAAGAAGCUGACUUCAGACAGGAAGGUGUCUUGGGGGAGCUUUGUGGUCACUGUAAGUCAGGCCCGAGGGUUCGGGGCAACCAAUUUUUAUCAGAUAUGGGGAAAUCAAUGGGUUUUCUUUUAGGAGGUCACACUGCAAACUACUGCUUCAGAUCAGUAUUACAUUUAUUUGUGGAGUAAAAAGAAGUACGAGUACCAGUAGCCUCAAAGGAAGUGGGAGGUCCCUCUCCAGCAUUUUUACGCCUCCUCCUCACAAACCAAAUAUAUCUCUAUAUCCGCAGCAGCGCAGUGAUAGGACCCAGGAAACUAUGCCUCUUGCAUUUGGUUUUCCAUUACCGCAUCCAGAUGCCGCAGAGCCCGGGUUAAAAUAAUAUAUGUGGUUCGACAGUGACUUAGUGGCAGCUUGGGCAAUUUAGGGCAAGUUCAGCGGUUUGUUUUAUAGCUUUAUAUUAUUAGAAACGGCAAGUAGGAUGAAUGAGAUAUUUGGUUUAAUAAUAUGAGACAUUGGUUACAACUGUUAAAUGUAAAAAAAACCUUUAAGUGCCGUUGUUAAAUCCUGCUACUGCUAUAUGAAUGUAUCUUUAUGACAAAUGACAAUAAAAAGAAAUGCCUUAAACGUU